GAGCUCCUGAGGCAUUUCACCAGUGGAAUAAAACAAAUCUUCAUCUGUCUGAAUGUCUGACUACAGGCUCAGUUCCAGCUCAAUGAGCUGGCUGCUGCUUCACUAACGGUACACUUCAGGUUUUACAAGCUAGGUUUGAAGUCUUUUUCCUAAAAUGGAGAGGUCAGUGCAUCAGUUGCGCACGAGACUGUUUUUUUCUCUCACGGGAGCAGAAGGCUCACACUGAUCCCAGGACAGUGUCUGGAUAUGAACCCUAACAGUUCACUUGGACCUGUAAAAUACUUUCCUUUCAUUUCUGAUGCUUCUUUUCAAGAGAAAGAAACAACAAGUCUAAUUUUUCACAGCCUGUCUGUUUGGAAAUGUGUUUUUAUUUUCUCCAGCUGCUUCAGAGGAGACCAGAGUCUGUUGGGAAUAAGAAUGUGAAGCAUUUUGACGGAGCAUCACCAUCAUGUCGUUGAUGUUUGGGAAAGUGAAGACGUGUAAUGCGGCCGCAGCUCCUGACAGAAGCCCAGCUGAGUGUAACCUGGUGCUGCUCGGUGUGAUGGGCUCCGGGAAAUCAGCACUGACUGUCAAGUUCCUCACAAAGCGCUUCAUCAGUGAAUAUGACCCCCAUCUUGAGGAUAUCUAUUCGUCAGAAGAGAGGGUGGACCAGCAGCCAGUCACAGUGAGAGUGAUGGACACCUGUGACCAGGACGGUCCGGUGAACUGUGAGCGUUACCUGUCGUGGGCCAGCGCCUUCCUCGUCGUCUACAGCAUCGACAACAUGGAGAGCUUCAAAGGCUGCCAGCUGUACCUGCAGACACUCGCCCUGCACAACAAAACCUUCAGGCCACAAACUCCCAUCAUCCUGCUGGGGAACAAGCUGGACAUGGACAGAUACAGGCUGGUGAGUCAGUGUGAGGGCGAGCGACUGGCGGCUCGUUAUGGCUGUUUGUUCUUCGAGGUGUCGGCCUGUCUGGACUUCCUCUCUGUGCAGCGGGUCUUCUACGAGGCGGUGAGGAGGGCGAGGCAAGGAGGGGAGCGCAGCCGCCUGGUACCAGCCAUCUACAUCAGAGAAGACAAAGCACUGCUCCCCGCCUUCGCCACCCCCUGCUACAAGGAGCUGCCGACCCCGGCCACCGCCAAGCUGGUCACAGUGAAGACGUCCAGAGCGCAGAGCAAACGGAGGGCUGCCACACUCACUCUGCUCAAGGGCUUCAAGAUCUUCUGACACCACUCUGCCACCCCCCAACAUCUCCACUGACUCUGUGAAAGACUGCAGAGCUCUACACGGGGUGGACACAAUAACAUGAACAACUCCACAGUGAACAGAUGAAUGAAUCCUGAAGACAUGAGCAGAGAAACAGAUGAUUCUCUGACUGUAAGAACCCUUUAGGUUUAUGUUCUCAUCAUCGGUUUGAACUUUUGUUGCUGAGAACUCUGGCUUCAUUUUUUAAUUUGGCAGACAGCACUAAAAACUACAGAUACAGUCUGUGUUGAUGGGAACGUUUACUAAACGUCACAUCCUUUCAUGCCGAGGGGCAAAGAAGGUAUUCGCUGCCAUACUGAAGAGCUGCUGUGUGACGUUUUCAACCUGGACCGCAUUUUAAGUGAUUAAUGGGAACAAGAUUUUUUUUAAACUAGUCCAGUAUUGAGUGAGUGCAUGUUGGCACCAUCAGUUUAUGUCAGUGUUAUUUUAGAUUUAGUCUUAGUCUUUAGACUAAAAUGUUUCAGUAACAUUUUAGUCAUUUUAUCCUUUACAGUUUAAGUCUAGUGUUUUUUAUAAACUUUUUUUAAACUUUAUAAUUCAUUUCCUGUAGAUUCUGUACAAUAAAAGACCUGUUAUUUUGUUAUGUUUGUGACGCAGCAAAAUAAGGAAAUGUUGAGUUUUCGAGCAGCAACUUCACACAAUUUCUAACACGGCGGAUAGUGAACAUUCAUUCAUUCAUCUUCUAACCGCUUCAUCCUCUUGAGGGUCGCGGGGGGGGGUGGAGCCUAUCCCAGCUGACAUCGGGCGAGAGGCAGGGUUCACCCUGGACAGGUCGCCAGACUAUCGCAGGGCUGACAAUUUAGAGUUAUCAAUUAACCUAGUCCCCAAUCUGCAUGUCUUUGGACUGUGGGAGGAAGCCGGAGUACCCGGAGAGAACCCACGCUGACACAGGGAGAACAUGCAAACUCCGCACCGGCAACCCUCUUGCUGUGAGGCGAGAGUGCUAACCACCACACCACCGUGCCGCCCUGGAUGGUGAACAUGAAACAGUAAAAGAAAGCAGAUAUUUAAAGUGAAAACAGGACACAGGAGAGAAACUAAACUCCAAACCACAGAGAUUCAGUUAGACACUACAGACGUACUGAGAGCUGAACACACAGAGACUUUUAAAAAUGCUUUUCUCUCUGGUCGCCUGCAUACGGAGGGGAGGAGAGUCCCACAACACACAAGCUUGUCUCAGGGGGAGAAAUGGGGUCACUGGGGGUUGGCUGCGGUCCUUCUUGAGGGUGGGUGGCCUGGCCUUUGGACGUACUCUGGAGAAGGUCUCGUCUUUGGUGCAGCUCAGCGUGUCACGGUGCAUCUAAACUGAUAAUGGGAACGCAAAGUAGCACGGCAUGGCUUGACUCGGCGGGGCCAAAGGUGACAGUGGAAAAGGCCCAUAUUUGUACCCAUGACCCUUGGCCGCUGUUGCCAUGGAGAAGAAGUCAGCCACCCAUUCAAAAUACUUCAUUGUUGCAGGUUUGAACACAUCGCCAUAUAAGGUGGAGAUUAUAAAAUCUGUUAUCUCAGUGGCAUAAACUUCAGCUCCUGCCCACUGUUAGCAGUGCAUGUGACAGAAUUUUAAGCUCUGUGAUUGGAUGUUUCUUGGUGAACUGCACCUUGGGAAUUGUAGUUGAUGAUCUUUAUUUCAGUUUUUAUGUCCAUGGGCUUUUUGUACCAAAGAACCAGAUAUUUUCUAACACUGUUGUUCACCUUUUGUAACGAUGAUUUAGAUAAAGUUCAGUGUGAGUUCAGUAGAUGAGCUCCAGCUGUGAGUGAGAAAAAAUCCUUUUCCAUUUAACCAGGUAAAAAUCUCACUGAGAGUUAAAAUCUGACCGGGCCGAGAGCGUGAAUGAACUGGACUUUCACUCAGAUAGCUCCCCCCACUUCCCAACUCAGUGUUGAGAAUCAUGUUAUGGCCUUCACAUCUCAACACAGCUCAGCACCUGUGGGAGAUUUUGCAGCAACACGCUCUGUACCUCCAUCAUCAACACAACAAAUGAGAAAAUGUUGUUUUCACCCCCUCAGGAGAAUUGAAUAUACUGCUGAGGCUCCACACCUCUAAGACACUGUUAGUUUUUACUUUAAUUUGUCACCAAUCU